AUGAGUGUCAACGCCCUUGCAGAUGCUAUGGUGGCAGGCUCGAUAGCAUCCUCGCUCGUUCCCUCACGUAUGCACUCCCCAGCAUUUAAGCCACCUCCACCCAAACCUCGCCGUCGAUCCAAAUCGGUUGGUCUGUUCGAUGGGGCCAAGCAACGCAAUAACCAUUUUGGUCUUGGCAAUGGUUCAGAGACACCCAAGCUCGAACCACCUCCACCACGGACAAUGAGGCACACACUGCGAAAUACAUCUCCUGACCACGAUGACAAAGAUGAGGGAGUGGCCAAGCGUGGCCGACGCCACUGGAGACGCCAUCCAAAUAUGCAUCACGAGGGUGAUCGGAAACGAUGGCGUGAUAAGGUUACUGAACGAGAGCGCAAGCGAUAUGAAGGCGUCUGGGCAGGCAAUCGUGGGGUCCUCAUCGACCGUGAUCUGGAGUAUCUCGAAUUCGACGGCGCUAACGACCUUGUCGUCAAUGUGGUGGUCAAAGAUAUCUGGGAGCGCAGUCGCCUUCCCUCUGACGUCCUAGAAGAGGUGUGGGAACUCGUCGCAUCUGCUGGUGCGAAGGCAUUGAGCCGCGAAGAGUUUGUUGUUGGCCUGUGGCUGAUUGAUCAGAGACUGAAAGGCAGGAAAUUGCCCGUCAAGGUCUCCGCGAGCGUUUGGUCUAGUGUGCGGCGUAUCCACGGCGUCAAGAUCUCGAGUAAACCGAUACCCAAAUAA